CUCACCUACAGUGUCGCUUCCUUCUUAAUACAACACAUACAACCCCUCUUAGCUGCUGUAUGUGUGUAUAGUGUCCUACACACACACGACACGGGGGAGGGUUGUAUACAACGCUGUAUAAUACAUCAUACAUCCAGAGCACCAUGAUGCAGGGGGGAGGGUGGCGGCUGCUGGUGGCCUGGCCCCAUCGCCACACGUGUGUCAGGAGUUUUUAUCAGAAGCAGCCCCUCACCAAUGCGGCAGUUCAGAAGAAACGAUCGGAGCUCUUUACUAAGGAAGCAAAACGACAAGCUGCGCUUAUUACAGAUGUUGAGAAAAUUGAAGUAAAAUAUUAUGGACAGCCAGAAAAUUGUUCUCUGAUAAUGAACAAAAAUAUGUCUACUCCGUAUCAUUGUGCUCAACACAUAAACCAGGUGAUAAUGGAGAGAGCUGUCCUUGCUGAAGUUGACGGUCAGGUAUGGGAUAUGCAUCGACCUCUAGAAGACGAUUGUUCUCUUAGCUUCUUACACUUUAGACAGAAUGAUCCAUAUUAUGCCAAUAAGGCAUUCUGGCGGUCAGCAUCUGUAAUGCUAGGGGCAAUGCUAGAAUCGGCAUUUAAGGACAACAUUUAUGUAGAACUCUGUUCCUUUCCUUCGCCCAAUGUGCGAAGUGGAAGUUUUGUGUAUGAUGUCGACUUGAAGAUUCCCACGUGGAAACCCACAAAGGAAGAAUUAAGAGUAUUAUCUGGAGAAAUGGUGAAAUUAGUUAUGGCUAACAAUACAUUUGAAAGACUGGAAGUAGACGCUAGUUUGGCUCUUGAAAUGUUCUCCGACAAUCGUUUCAAGAAGAUUCAGAUUCCUCACAUCGCUGCACAAAGCUCUUCUGGUAACACUGUGGUUUUGUACAAAGUAGGGGACUUUGUAGAAAUUAGCUGUGGGCCAAUGAUCAGCAAUACAAGUUACCUCGGUAAAGUUUCAGUGGUUGCUGUACAUCCCAUAGAGACUAAUGAGGGGCAGCUGUUUAGAGUUCAAGGGGUGGCACUUCCCAAAGGAUUUAUGUUAAAUCAUUUCUCAUAUGGACUCUUGGAAAAGAGAGCAGAAAAACUGAACUCUGGGCGGAUUCCAGUUAUUCCGACAUCGGAGAGUUGGGCACCACAAAAGGAAUUAUUAACAGCCUAGUUAUGAAGGUUAUGUGUUUGUCUUAAUGUAUGCUGUAUCUUCUAUGACACUUGAAAACUUGCAUGAAUUUGUAUAUAAAAUAAUAAAUACCAUUGUAAUUA